UGAGGAGGCACUACAUGUGGCUUGCCGUUGGAGAGGCAGUGUAAAUGGAAUUUUUGCAUCUGCAAUCCUCACAACCAUGGUUAAUCUUGAAUCUGACUUUUAUUCAGCAAUGGAUGCACAGAAUGUUUCGAAGAAUAAUGCCCGGGAAUCCAGAUAAUGUAACAUCUCUGAAAUUAGAAGCAAAAUCUGAGGUCCCUGAACCAGAUCCUGAAAGACCGCAAUCUUUCUCGGCAGCAGAACACAGAAGAGUGGACGUCUGUGAUUGGUGCAGCUCAGAUCUUCUUCCUUCUCCAGCAAUAACGAUACAAGAAGAUAAGCAAGAUGACAAGGGGUUAGAACAAACAAAACCAAAUCCAUUUUUUACCACUUUUAUGUCAAGGAGCACCCCAGCCCAAUUACAUUUUCCCAUGGAAGAUACCCUACCUAGCACUGCUAUGCUUCAUGAGACCAAGCGGACACAACUAAAGCGGGGGAGUGAAGGUUCACAGGAAAUUGUCGGAGGCUUACUGUCAACCAGCCUCUCACAACAUGUACCUUUGGGUUUUAUAUCAACUGAUGUGGAUUCACAUGACAACAACAAGUUAAAAGUUACCGAGGACCAAAGAUAUCCAGAGAAUGCCAAUUCAGUGAGAUUUAGCACAAAUCCUUCAAAAAGUGUUCACUCAAGCAAUAUACAGGGAAGUCAAACAAGCAAUGUUCCGGUACAAGUUACCGCAGUCCCCCAAACAGCUAAUCCUAGUACUGAGUCUACCGAAGCAUCAGGAGGAUCUUCACCGAGGGAGGGCUACAGGCAAGAUACAGAAACAUUUCCCAGUAAAGAUGCCUCAAUAAAUACCCUUUAUGAGUUUUCACCUAAGGACGUCGAGGUGGAUCAAUCUGAAACGUUUGGAUUCUCCAGUGACAAGGCACUGCAAUUUACUGGAGAACAAUAUGCCGUUCACCUGCCAAUAUAUGAUUCUUCAGACACUGACGUGGAACAAGAUGAAACCAGCUCCAGAGGCUCCUCAUCUGUUUGGAUAAAUAGAAACAAGUCUUCCUUCUCUAUUAAAACCUAUGAAUCAUCAGAAGGAAGUCCUGAAAGCAGCCCUGACCAAGCUGAAGACAUCCCUUAUUCUGCAGCAUCUCCAAAUGAUCAGGAGAAAGCUGAUCCCGAACUUGAUAUACCAAAGGAAGAACUCCAAGCGGGACAAGUAAAGGCUUCAUUCAGUACUACAGGAAAAGACACAACAAUCUCAACAGUAUUUAUGAAUCAGAUUCUUCUCGGAGAUGACACCAAAGUUAAACCCAAACCUCCUGAAGUCGGUCAUCAAGACAGUUAUCAGCGGGCAGAAGCCAGUUCCAGCAGGGACUUUGAGACAGAAGAACAGCAAAAAAGUCCAUUUACUUCUUCAGGCAAGGAAGCCAGAGUAGACGGGACUGCACCAACACCGUAUGUGGCUGAUGAGUUUCCCUUUGAUAUUCCCAGAAUUGAGACCAUACCUGACGAAACCGACGACAAAAGUGACCUGCAGGGAGAGGAACAACCAGCAAGACAUCGCUCCAUUGAUUUGAUAAGAAUUUCCCCUUCAAGUUCAUCGUUUAUGAAUAGACAAAUUUAUUCCGAGCCAGCAAUCUCCAAACUAGCCUCGGAUGAUGAAGAAAUCAGAAAGCCCUCCAAGAAUAAGACCAGGCCUGAUGAAGACCAAGAUCAAGAAAACUACAAUCAGAAAGGGGGCAUUACAUUGAAAGACAGCAAAUUAAUGCAGAUAGAACCAGCAGGACGUCACACUGUGAAUUUGACAGAACACAGGCCUUCAUUGUUAUCUCUUAGUGAUCAGGACACUUCUGCAGCCCAAGGUGAAACCACACGAAACUCCACAUCAGUCUCAGAUGAAGAAACCACUGGGCUUCCCAAAACAGGGGCCACUUCUGAAGAGGUCAUUGGUGAAGCAAGCAGCCAGCAGGAAGAAGACACUGCAUUAAAUAUUGAAGAGUCAGGGCAGGAGUACACAAGAGGAAAAAUGAGUCUGAGCUUACCAAGGCUUCAUUAUUCGGUGGAAGCAAAUGAUACUACUUCACGAUACCAUUCACUUGUAGAGAUCUCCAAAUCAGUUUCAAGUAGCCAGGCACAGUCAUCAAAACAUGAUCAGAAAAUUAAAGAUGCAGCAUUGCUUAAGGUUCCAACAAAAGUUAUAAAGCAGCAUAACUCUGAAAGAGGCUCCAAUUUAAACCAGCCAAGCAAAAGUCAGAAGAAGCAUCAGUCGAAAUACCAGAGUUUGACUCCAGCCUUAAAGGUGCAUUCACUAUCAAUAAUUCAAAGGUCCGAGAGCGAAUCAGAAAAAAAAACAAAGUUAAAGACUACGGUGUCUGAUAAGGGAGUUCUAGCAAGAGCACAUUCAAGACAGGAUGCAGAAGGAGAGAAUCACCUGGGGAAUCAGCUUUUGAGUGACGUACAACUUAACAUAGCUACAGAAACUUUCAUGCCAUCUGUCAGUGCUCAGACACAAACAGAAGUUACUCAAACCACACCAGAUGAAGUCAACCUUGGAGAUAACCUCCAGCAGGAAACGAGACUCCCAGCAGAAACUGGUUCCAGUCAGGAUGUGGAAGGAGAGAAUCACCCAGGAGGACAACCUUCAAGAUCACGGAGUGAGGAAGUUCCAACAGGAGCAGAAUCCAGACAGGAUGUGGAAGGAGAGCAUUAUCCUGGGGAUUCGACUUUGAGUGAUGUUCAACUUGACGUAGAUCCAGGAACCUCUGUGUCAUCUCUGGCUGAUCAGGAAGUUCUAACAGAGAAUUAUUCCAGUCUGGAAGUGGGAGAAGAUAAGCCUUCAUCUGAACUAUCUUCAAGUUCAACAGCUGAGCUAGGAAAGGAAGCAUCACAUACACAUGUACGUACAUCAGAGGCUCAAGCGUCCCGGAAACCACCACAGCCCAGCAGCAAUCAAACUGAGACUUCUGAUCUCGCUCACCAGAAGGAAGACUUUUUUGCAAAUAUGAUUGCAUCAGCAAUGAAAGAAGUAGAAAUGGAACAAAGAUCUGCAGAAGUGCAGAAGCAUCAUCCAAAACCCACUGAAAGAUGCAAAAAAGCUAUUUUAUUUCCAGAGGUAGUAGUGGCAGACCAAGAGAAAGGCAUCCUAAGCUUCAAAAUGCACAAAUAUGUGUUAGAACAAGACAGAACAGUUGCUGCAAAACAACACAAAUCAAAGUCAGGAUCCGCAAAGUCACAUUCUACAUGCAAGUAUGUUCGAAAGAAUGAGGAUUCGCGGAAGCGGCAGGAGUCAAGGGAGACGAGUCUAACCACCCAGAAUGCCGAUCCGCAACUAAUGACUUCCACGGUACCUAACAAUGAAAAUGUUCAGCAGAGUGACGAAGUAGAAGUAGUUCUCCCCAAGGAAGGGCCUCAUAGGCAAGCACGGGCCUCAUAGGCAAGCACCGGAAAGCUAAUAACCCAAGUUGACUGAAUAUAGUUGCCCAUUCAAACCACAGUGAUCAUCUUUAGAUUGAAGGACGGGAUUGAAGCACAUUUAAUAUCUUGACAUAACCAUGGCUUUGAUGAUGUAAUGCUUAUUUGUCCUAAAUAAAUCCAAC